AUGGGAUCCAAAUUUAUAGCUAUCGAUAUUUUUUUAGAGAAUUCACUCCGAGCCAAAUGUAUCGCUUGUAACACAGAUUUUCAAGCCGAUAUAACAGUAAUAAAAAACCACGAUAAGAGCUCACAACAUUUAAGAUCGGUAAAAAAAUUAGGACCAAGUCAGCCAAGAAUUGACACAUCGUUUUUCAAAACCAACGACGCACAAGAGAAGGUAACUAUUGCCGAAAUAAAAUUUGCGGUUUUUAUUUCUGAACACAAUUUGCCUAAGAGACUCUGCGACCAUUUAGUGCCCCUCCUAAAAUACAUUUUUCCGGAUUCGCAAAUUGCCAAAGAAAUACAGAUGGGUCGAACAAAAUGCACUUGCGUUAUUAAAAAUGUUUUGGGACAAUAUCAUUUUAGCAAAAUGGUAAAAAAAUUGAAAUGUAAAAAAUUUAGUAUUUUAAUUGAAGAAUCAACAGAUAUCGGUACAAUCAAAAACAUGUGUUAG